GCCCACCGCCCCCCGGUGAGCGGGGAGACGGCGUCGGGGAGGCGAGGGCGCGCAGAAAUCGGAAAUUCCCGAAAGCCCGCCUGUCUUCGGGUUUUCAUCUCCUCCGAAAAAAGGGUGCUGGGAAUACUCACUGAAAUAUCGAGAGCGUGUGACCGAAACGAUGAAAUUUAGGCUGGACUUCGGAGAGAGCGGUGCUAAGAGCGCACAGGCGAGGCGCGGACCGAACCCGUGCGCUUUCCACCCCGUGCACACUGCAGUGUUUCUGACCUCUGCUCGGAAAUAACGCGUCUCCGAUAAGCUCGGCAAAACCGCUCACCGCCUGCGAGGCGCCCCCGGCCGCAGCAAUAACCCGCCUGACUCCGCGCCGGCUCUCGGGGCGCCUUGACCCCCUGCCCCCCCGCGACCCCGGGGCCGCCGGACCCAGCCCUCGGGGAGGCCCCGGAGCCCCGCAGGGGAACGGCGUGCUCGGCGGCCUGCCCCUCGCUCCGCCGCCGCGGAGACCCCCGCCCCGGGCGGGGGCUGCCGCGGAGCCCCGCCGCAGGGAGCGCAAAGCGGCGGGGUGGGGGCGGCGGGACGCCCCGGGGGGGGCCGCCGUUCCCUGUUCGGCUGUGCACCGGACGCUGCCGCAACGGAAAAUAAUACGAAACCCCGAGAAAUGUCCCGCACGUUGAUCUUCCUCCAACACCCGCUUUGUGAACUCCCGCCGCCCGGUCACAACCGCCGCGGGGAACACCGGGCGGAGUGACUUUGUUGGCGCCCACUGCGGCAUUUUUGAGAGAGAAAAGGUGUAUGCGUACAGAAAGGGAGUUAUUUCAUCGAAAUCGAACGCACAGCCCGCCGUGAAGCGCCACGAACUCCCCGAAGGAACCCGCUGCCAGCACAGGACGAGGACGGACGCGCCGCUCGCCGCCGCGGGACAGGACUCGCCGCCCCGGGCUACCGAGGGCGCUGCUGACGGCGGGCCCGCCCGCGCCCCGCGGCACAGCGCGGCGGGGACCCCCGCAGGCGCUGAGCGCAGAGAGCGGGCGCGGGGGGCCGGGGCCGCCCCGCCGGGCUGGUAUGCGGUAGGGCAGGGCCAUGUAUUGGAAGAGUGACCCGAUGUUCGUCUGUAGGCUGGAGGACAAGGACCUGCCCGCGCUGGGCGGCCCCUCGGAGAAGGCCAGCCCCGCAGCGGCCGACGAGGACUCCUGCUCAUCCUCCGCCGCCCUCUCGCCCUCCUCCUCGCCGCGGUCCAUGGCCUCGGGCUCCGGCUGCGCCCCCAGCAAGUGCGUGUGCAGCAGCUGCGGCCUGGAGAUCGUGGACAAGUACCUGCUGAAGGUAAACGACCUCUGCUGGCACGUGCGCUGUCUCUCCUGCAGUGUCUGCAGAACGUCUCUAGGAAGGCAUACCAGCUGUUACAUCAAAGAUAAAGAUAUCUUCUGCAAACUUGAUUAUUUCAGGCGAUACGGCACCCGCUGCUCGCGCUGCGGGCGGCACAUCCACUCCACCGACUGGGUCCGGCGGGCGAAAGGAAACGUCUACCACCUGGCGUGCUUUGCCUGCUUCUCCUGCAAACGGCAGCUUUCUACAGGAGAGGAGUUCGCUUUGGUUGAAGAGAAAGUCCUCUGUAGAGUACAUUACGACUGCAUGUUGGACAACCUGAAAAGAGAAGUUGAAAAUGGUAAUGGGAUUAGCGUGGAAGGAGCGUUACUAACAGAACAAGAUGUCAAUCAUCCAAAACCAGCAAAAAGAGCUCGGACCAGCUUCACGGCAGACCAGCUCCAGGUUAUGCAAGCACAGUUUGCUCAGGACAACAAUCCAGAUGCACAAACGCUUCAGAAACUGGCAGAAAGAACAGGCUUGAGCAGGCGUGUUAUACAGGUGUGGUUUCAAAAUUGCAGAGCACGCCAUAAGAAGCACGUUAGUCCUAAUCACUCGUCUACUGCUCCCGUUACAGCAGUUCAGCCCUCCAGGCUGUCUCCACCCAUGUUAGAAGAAAUGGCGUAUUCUGCCUACGUACCCCAGGACGGGACUAUGUUAACUGCUCUACACAGCUACAUGGAUGCUCAUUCACCUACAGCUCUUGGACUACAGCCUUUGCUCCCCCACUCAAUGACACAACUGCCAAUAAGUCACACCUAAAUCCUCUUGGUCAGGGAUAUAAGCUAUUAAGGAUGUAAUCUUAAGUCAUUUAUUGUGUAUUAAAAAUAUCAUUGGAAAGAUAUUAAUGUUAACUUUUUAUUUAACAUCUAAAGCAUUUCCAAGAUUGUUUUUGCUGCCCAGGUAUGUAAGUAUAUUUAGCCUGCAAGACACUUUUAUGGAUUCUGCAUAAAUAACUAUUACAUUGUUUACAAGCCUUAUUAAACACCUUUUUGUAUUGUCUGGAAGUAGUCCACUCUAGUUAUGUGUGUGUUAAUUUAUUUGUCAUCAAAAGAGCACUUUGCCUAAAAGAAAGGACUGACAAUUGUGCAAAAUGUUUACAAUUCUUUGUGAAAUUGUAGUUUAUCAUUAGUUUGUAUCUGUAAGUUAUUGCUAA